GAACACUACUGGCGACAUUCUGCCUGAAACGUCACGGAGGAGAUAGAUGGUGGGCGGGGCUAACACACAAAACACAUACACACACACACAGACCGAAGAAGCACGAAGUAUAGAAACUAUUUUACUUUCGCUUUCCAGGUCACUCUCGUUGGCCAGUUGUGCCCUCGCAGCCUCCAGCCUGUAGUGUAUCUGUGAUGUAUUUUUCCUCUGAGUUGCAUUCCUCCAAGAUGCUCCUCACAAGAAUUUGGUUAAUGCACCCUAUGUGUUAAUGCAGUACACACACAUACACACACACACACACACCUGCAGACUAAUAUAUGAUUGAAAUAUUUAUGGCAUUUUGGAAAUGACAUUCAUAUUUAUUUGUGCAGUGCAGAGGAACUUUGUAUAGAAAUUGUCAUCACACGUCAAACCUAUGAGAAAACCUUUAUUUAUUUAUGAAUAAAUAGUCUGUGGUGGUGGUGGAAGUAUUUAGAUAAUUGAAAGUACAAAUACAGCCAUAUAAAAUCCUCCAUUACACAUAAAAGUUUUGCAUUCCAAAUUUUACUCUAGUAAAAUUGCAAAGGUAUUAUCAGCUAAAUGAACUCUGUACUUAUUCAGUAGAUUGGACCCUUUCAGAAUGUUAUAUUAUUAUGCAACUCACCAUUAUUUUCAUAAUAGAUUAAUAAUUAGUUUCUCAAUUAAUCAAUUAUUCAGUUUUGAGAACAAAUCUAUGUAUCCUAAUGUACCAUAUAUAUUUGUGUAAUCGUUGUCUGCUGAACUAAGUGGUCGACGGGGUGCCGUAUUUAAAAUGCACCCAUGGAAAGAACAGACUCUUCCUAGUUAAAUACUUACAGUUCAGCAUGUAUCUGUAAUUUAAGGCUCAGAAUGUAACAUUUAUUUUCUCAAUGAACCUGACAAAAGCAAACUUUAUUCAAUUACUUUCAUGGGUUAAACAAUUGCAAUGUUAGGAAUAAACGUGAACAUACCCAAAUGAAUUAUACACAUCAUGUGAAAUGUGUAUCCUCCAGCAGGUUUACACCCAUAAAAACAUUGGAUUUAAUCUGUAAUCUAGUGUCAUUUUUACAGCCUGCAAGUUAUCACUGCUCUGCUAUGAGCGCUGUAACACUUCUUAAAAAGUGAAAAUAAAAAUCUCCUAACGUAACUCAAAGCAAAUUAAGUUACGCUUGUAUCUCCCGAGAUCUUAUUGGUAGAUUGCGUUCAUGGAAACUGUGUUAUGGGGCACGACGGUGAAGUCAUUAAGAAGCUUACAGACGUUCUGGCAGAUUAGGUUUUUCUCUUCUAAUCCUUCAGAUUACCACUGCACAAGCCUGCUGGCUGGGAGUGCUUCAUUGCGCUGCGCAGUUUCUUUACAUUGAUCAUUUUUUAUUGCUGCCACAUCACUGGACUACGUAGACUUAAGGAGGACAAAAGUCAGUGAGAGAGGAGGUCAAAGUGAACUGCAGAAAUUACAUAUCUGCAGGCACGAAAAAGCUUCUUUUUUUUAAGAACUGUAGAUGAAGCCAGGAAUUAGGGAGGCACUCUGAGUUGGAUUUAAUGAAACGCAACAUGUAUUUUUGUACAUCAUGGAAAUAUUCUUUUGGUUUUGACAAAGUGUAGAAGUUCAGAACAGAAGUACUAACCUGCGCCUAAGUGGAACAUUAGCUGGACAAAGAGGAUCAUCUCUUUUGGAGACUGAUGCAGAUGGUGUCCAUCGCUCUCUGUAGUGAUAUGGAGACAGAACCACGCUGUGAAGAGCAUAAAGACGCUGCAGUAGAGCCUACAGAGCCUGACAGGGACAGUCACACCGAACUGGCCUGUGGGCCUGCAGAGGAAGGCAAGCAGCUGUGCGGGAGAGAGCGGGCUGAAACAGAGAGCUCUGCAGGAGAGGGUAAAAGCACUGAGAUAAAAAUCCCCACUGAUCCUGAGCGAGAAAGUGGAAACACGGAAUGCAAGGAGCGGAGGAAACUGAAAAAAACAAACAGCUGGAAGAUGGUACGAUUCCAAGACCCAUCAACAGAUGAUGAUGUGUUGGAGAGGGACAGCUCAGCAGAGAGUCUCUUUCCAGAAUAUGUGACGAAGGAGUGGACUUCCUCGACCUUUGAGGAGCUGUUCUCAGCAGAAGAUUGGCAGGACAUCACAGAGGACCGGCUGUUGAGGAAGAAGGUGUUGGAGUCCACGGCUCCACACAGCCUGCGCCCCACCUGGGGCCAGGAGGUUACUGUCAAGAUGCAGUGUGUCCUUGAGGACCGCACUGUGGUGGAGAAGGACUGCAAGCUAGUCUUUGUUAUUGGAGAGGGAGAUGUAAACCAGGCCCUGGAGGAGUGUGUCAUAUCCAUGCAGAAGGGCGAGAUCACAUUACUGCUGGCAGAUUCACAGUAUGGUUAUGGGCUUCUGGGAAGGGAGCCUGAUAUUCCAGCCUGGGCUCCUUUACUCUACCAGCUCCAGCUGCUGGACAUUAGAGAGAAACCAGACCCGCUAACUCUGCCCAUCGCAGACCGUAUCCGCAUCGGAAACCAGAAACGAGAGCGAGGAAACUUCCAUUUCCAGAGGGAGGAAUACUGCAUGGCUGCCAGAGCCUAUUUUAUGGCUCUGGAUGUGCUAACCACCCGCAGCAAAGAUGGCGGUGAUGGCAGCGUGAAAGCGGAGGAGGAGGAGGUGCAGGACUACCGGGUGAAGUGUUUGAACAACCUGGCCACCGCUCAGCUCAAACUGGAGCAAUAUGAUGAGGCACUGCACACCAGCCGGGACGUUCUGACCCUCGACCCAAACAAUGUCAAGGCCCUUUUCAGGGCAGGAAAACUCCUGUCAGACAAGGGUGAAUACAAAGAGGCCAUGGAGGUGCUAAAAAAGGCCUUGAAACUCGAGCCGGCUACCAAGGCGAUCCACGUCGAGUUAUCUAAAAUCGUCAAAAGGCAAUCAGGAGGCAAAGAUACUCAGGAAUGGAAAGCUAAACCAGCGGAGAUGCUUGGCGACAAUAUCACACCUUUUCUGGUUCCUUCUAAGAAGAAACCUCAUGGACUUUCCUGGAAGUUUAUACUCGGAGCUCUGGUCGUGGCCUUGGGCAGCUUAGUGACGUCAAUGAUUCUGACUGCGAGAAACUGAAACUUUGAAAAUCAUCAUGUGCAGGUGCAGAGUUUGGUCCCCUGUCCUCUUUAGUCAAGUUCAUUUGAAAAGAGUUUUCUACUGUGAAGACAUGAGGAGGAGUUUCACAUGGUAGAAAAAUGUCUCGCUGAAAGGCGUACAGUAUUUAUGAGAGAGAGAUUUCUGCUGAUCGAUCAGACAGAAGUUUAUUUGCAGUUGUGUUUAAUUGGAAAAGGUUACAUUUCGGUUUGUUAUUUAAAAAA